AUGCCGAGAACGUGUUACUGUUUGUUUUUGUUUUUCUGUUGUGUUCGUGACGGAGUAAAACCAAUAACUUGGGGUGAAGUUGGUAAUUUUUUUACAGACACCGUCAAUCCGUAUAAGGUGAUCAAACGUACCAUAGAAGAUGAUUUUCAAACUGCUGGACAGAUUGCCAAAGAUAUAGUCGAAGGUACGCCCGUUGUCGGACACGCUAUAGCAGCGGGUCAUUUGGCCUUCGGUGAUAAAGAAGACGCCGAUCGGGUGUUUAUGAGCGCAAACAGCGGUACGGGGGCCGUGGUUGGAGGCGCAGUCGGGACUCUAUGCGGACCAUUGGCCGUGGUAUGCGUGCCAGCAUUGACGGUGGCCGGUCAGACGUAUGUCGACGAGGUUCAAAGCGUCGUAUCCGUCACCUCAGGCGGGAAACCAACUGGUAAUAUUGAUUAUAUUGUGAAUUUUGACGAAAAAAGCGGAGUCGAACACGCGGUUGUUCGUCGAUCGAUCUUGCUGGACGCCGUAACAGGAGGGUUAGGCGGACGCGCCGCGAAGAAAGCGCAACUAGCUAGAUUGAAUGCCAAAGUCGCAGGCGAUUCCGUGAAAAACGUAGCGGUUGUCAGUGUGAAACACUUAGACGAUCUGCAUCACGCACUGAAACCUAAACCUAGACCAGUUUCAAAACCGGAAUCAGUAAUUAUUGAAGAACUCACACAUGUAAAAGCCGGUUUUGAUCCGGCGCCGGUAUACCGACCCGAACCAAUGGAAGUUGAUGAAAUCUUGAACAAUCCGCCCCAUGCUACUAACCGACGCGAACCAAUGGAAGUUGAUGAAAUCUUGAACGAUCCGUCCCAUGCUACUAACCGACACGAACCAAUAGAAGACAAAUGGAGUACUGUUGGAAAUUCAGACGGAUAUCAGACAUUAUUAGAUGAUUUACCAUUAGAUAAUGUACCUAAAUUGAUACCAGAACAUAUUGAAGCCACUUAUAAUAAAGAACUAGCUAAUAUUAAAGAAAAAUUUACGUCUUUAAAAAUCGAAGAAACCCAACAUUCAUUAGCUCGUAAUGAAUUUUUAUCAGAUUCGGAAUUUUAUGUUGGUCCAAUCAAAGAUUUUCAAGGUCAUACGGAUUCUGGUACAUAUUUAAAGAAGAUAGAAGAUAAUUGUUUAAAGUAUUUAAAAGGCGAUGAUGACAUUAGUACAAUUGAAGGUAAAAAUGCACUAAAAUUAAAAGCUGCUUCUAUAAAAACCGAUUUUAGAUCACUGAAGCAUCCAGAGUUAUUUUAUUAUUCUGAUGAAAUUUUAUAUAACGUGAAAAAUUCGGAUUUAGUAAACAUAAACCGCUUCUUUGCCAAAUCAGAAGGUGAAUCGAUUACUAAUUGCGCGCGCCUCAGCAUGCAUAAAGUGUUUGACGUGGAUUAUGACAAAAUUAAUAUAGAUUCGUUGAAUUUACAUUUGUCGGAUGUACGCAAAGAUCAUGAAUUUUUUCCUAACCUUAAAGGUUGGUGGGGAAUUGAUGUUUUUGGUGUAAGUGUUCAUGAUAUGGAAAGAUAUUUAGUUUCUUUGGGUAAACAUGUUGAAGUUGUCAGUGGUGAAAUCGGUUUGAAAAAUCCCAAAAUUGUUAAAGAGCAUAUAAUAAAUAGUAUGAAAAGUAACAAUUUUCAAGAAUUAAAUGCUGUGGCUGGGAUUUUUCCAAGAAAUAUUAAAACUAAAGAAUCAUUACCAGGACACAUCUUCACGUUUAGAGCUACUUUGAAAAAAAAUGACGAGCUAACACAUAUGAUAAUAGAUUACCAAAGUCAAGUCAGCUACCGGACAGCGAAUUUUCCGAGUGUAAAUAUACGCUUUAAACAAAUUGAAGAUUUGUUUAAACCUAAUAAAUAUAUUGAACAUUAUUUUUUUUAUAUGUUUGAUAAAAAACAUUAA